GCUCAUUAAUUUAUGUCUUAAAAACACAAUUAAUCAACCUCAGCCACUGCAUUUACGUUUUCUCAUUAAUCCUUUCACUUUGCUUGCUACUACUCUAAUAUCUAUAUCCCUGUAUACAAUUUUUCCCCCCUCUCUCUCUGUCUAACAAACAGGAUUUGAGCUUCAGUGGGUUUUUUUUUUUUUACAAUGGCAACGAAUUCUUCUAAUGGAGCAACAAAGCAACCUCCCAUGCCAUCUCCCUUGCGUUUUUCCAAGUUCUUUCAGUCCAAUAUGAGAAUUCUGGUUACUGGAGGAGCUGGAUUUAUUGGCUCUCACCUAGUUGACAAAUUGAUGGAAAAUGAAAAAAAUGAGGUCAUUGUUGCUGACAACUACUUCACUGGAUCUAAAGACAACCUUAAAAGAUGGAUUGGCCAUCCAAGAUUUGAGCUAAUUCGUCAUGAUGUCACAGAGCAAUUGUUGAUUGAGGUUGAUCAAAUCUAUCAUCUUGCAUGCCCUGCUUCUCCAAUCUUCUACAAAUACAACCCUGUAAAGACAAUAAAGACAAAUGUGAUUGGAACACUGAACAUGCUUGGGCUUGCUAAGCGUGUGGGAGCAAGGAUUUUGCUUACAUCUACUUCAGAAGUAUAUGGGGACCCUCUUGUGCAUCCACAACCAGAAAGCUAUUGGGGCAAUGUAAACCCCAUUGGAGUUCGGAGUUGUUAUGAUGAGGGCAAGCGUGUUGCAGAAACUUUGAUGUUUGAUUAUCAUAGGCAGCAUGGAAUCGAAAUACGCAUUGCGAGAAUCUUCAACACAUAUGGACCACGCAUGAAUAUUGAUGAUGGGCGUGUUGUCAGUAACUUCAUUGCUCAAGCAAUUCGUGGUGAACCCUUGACUGUCCAAGUUCCAGGAACUCAAACUCGCAGUUUCUGCUAUGUCUCUGACAUGGUUGAUGGACUUAUACGUCUAAUGGAAGGGGAAAACACUGGUCCAAUCAACAUUGGGAACCCAGGUGAAUUUACAAUGAUUGAACUUGCCGAGAAUGUGAAAGAGCUUAUCAAUCCAAAAGUGCAGAUAAAUAUGGUUGAGAACACUCCUGACGAUCCUCGUCAGAGAAAACCAGACAUUACAAAAGCAAAGGAAUUGCUGAGAUGGGAACCAAAGGUCAAGUUGUAUGAUGGCCUUCCUCUCAUGGAAGAGGAUUUCCGUCAGAGGCUUGGAGUUCCCAAGAGCAACUAAGCUCCUUUUACUCCUUCAUUUCUUAUCAUAUAAUCAUAAUGAAUAUUUUGAUAGUAACGGGGAUGUGGAUGAACCUGUUAAGUGUUAAGAGAUGUUUUAUAUUGAAAAUUAUGGAGAGGAAGGUUAAACUUGCAGCCGGCAAAGCCAACUUGAACUUGCUCUUCAAAUUGAUACAAUAAGAUUGCUUCUCCACCCAACUUCUAUUGGAAAUGCUGUUGUUGAGAUGAGUUGAAAUUAUUUUUUAUUGAAAUUUAGGUGUUACAAGUUCUCUUUCGACUUUCUUUACCCAUUGUAUGUCAGGGUAGGUGUGUCUUAAUGUGUUCUCUGUACCGAAAUACAAUUCAGAUUGUGUUUGGUGGGUUCAUAUUUGGAUUUGAGGAGGUUUGAAUCUCCUUAAGAAAUAAAGUUACGAUGUUCUGAUAUGAAUGUGAAAUAGGUUCUACUUGAAA